AUGAAGGUCUUGGUUGGAGUAAAGAGAGUGAUCGACUAUGCUGUAAAGGUUCGAGUGAAGCCCGACAAAACCGGUGUUGUGACAGAGAAUGUCCAACACAGCAUGAAUCCAUUCGACGAAAUUGCUCUGGAGGAAGCUGUUAAGAUGAAAGAGAAGAAGCUAGCGAACGAGGUGGUGGCCUUCUCACUGGGAGGUCCGAAGUCUCAGGAAGUGCUUCGAACAGCACUCGCGAAGGGCGCUGAUAAGGCCAUUCAUGUUGAGGUGCCAGAUGCUGAGUUACCAAAGAUUGAGCCUCUGCACGUGGCUAAGGUUCUUCAAAAAAUGGUUGAGAAACACAAGUUCGACGUGGUGUUUCUGGGAAAACAGGCCAUCGAUGAUGAUGCGUCUCAAACAGCUCCACUUUUAGCUGGCUUGUUAGAUUGGCCACAAGCACUUUUUGCCAGCAAGGUUGAAAAGGUGGACGAUGGGUAUCUACAAGUGACUAGAGAAAUCGACGGAGGUUCAGAUACGGUGAAGGUCAAACUACCGGCUGUUUUAUCUUCUGACUUACGUCUGAAUGAGCCUCGGUACGCUACUUUACCGAACAUCAUGAAGGCAAAAAAGAAGCCUAUGGAAAAACUGUCCGCAAAAGACCUUGGUGUCGAUUUCACUGCUCAGACCAAAACGUUAGAGGUAAACGAUCCUCCCACUCGCCAAGCAGGAGAAUUUGUUGAAGAUGUGCACACUCUGGUUGCAAAGCUCAAAGAAAAGGGUCUAAUCAAAGGCUAA